AUGCUGCUCCUGGCGCGCGGACGGAGCCGGGUAGGCACCCGGGCGAUCUCGGUGCUGCACCUCAACGGCAGCCUCUCGGACGAGUCGGUCACGUCUGUCGUCGCCUCUGGCUUCCUCGCCUGCCUCGCGCAGCAGAACGCGCGGCGCGAAAUGGCCAACAGCAUCAAGUACUCGCCCGACUCGUUCACGCUUGUCGAGCGAGACCUCUGGCACCCGGAGCUGCCGCGCUUCUGCAAAACCACGAUGAACAGCAGCUACCGCGUUCUCCUCGGCGAGGGCUCUGCAGACGACGAGGCGCAGAUCGCGCCGAUUCGGUCGUUGACAACCGAGCUCUUGGCCGCCGACUGCAUUCUCAUCUCGGCGCCGGUCUGGAACCACAGUGUCCCGUAUGUGCUCAAGCAGUACAUGGACUGCGUCGUGCAGCCCAACAUGACGUACUGCAAUACGACCAAGCAGCCCUUCAUGUCGGGCAAGUCGGUCGUCCUCGUCACGUCGGCGGGCGGCGCCAGUACAAACGUGCCAGAACACGAGUCGGCGUUCGGCCUCGUCAAAGCUGUCUUUGGCCGCAUGGGCUACGACCGCAGUCACGUCAUUACAAUCGAGGGGCUGCAGUCGCCCGAGCUGCGCGAGGCGCGGCUGGACAAGGCGCUACGCGAUGCCGAGGACGUCGCAUCACGCGUUGCCAUCGACGCAGCGUCAUCCACCUAGGCGAACUUGCGGUACAUAGAUAGAGACGAAACGAGCAAGUAGUGGCCAGUACAGUUCUGGUAGUAUAUGAUGUGAG